UCUUUUUCCAGUAUCAGUUGUGUCUCAUGUUUUCUUUACUCCCUCCUGUGUUUUUCAGGACUCACUCCAUCACAGAAGAUGUCUUACUGCCCACCCCAGGAUUGCUAUUAUGAUAUAUGCCCACGCCCAUGUAUUGACGUCCGCAACGAGCCAUGUGUCACAUCAUGUGGAGAUUCGAGUGCAGUAGUUUAUGCGCCACCAGUUGUUGUGAGAUUCCCAGGACCAACUCUUGCUACUUGCCCUCAAGACAGCAUUGUGGGAACAACCUUACCAAAUUUGCCCGCAAGAGCUGGAGUCCCAUAUAGUUCUGGUGGAGGUUUCAGAGGCUCAAUCGGUUCUGGGGUUACUUAUGGUGGUGGUUAUGGGGGAGGUUACAAUGGUGGUGGUUACUGGGGAGGUAACGGUGUUGUUUAUGGGGGAGGUUACAAUGGUGGUUAUGGGAGUGGAGCCUGGGGUGGUUAUGGGGGUGGUUAUGGAGGGUCAUAUGGUUCUGGGGGCUCAUGUGGUUAUAGCAGGAAGUCAUAUCGUAGCAUUUCUGGAGGAAGAUAUUCCGGGUCUGGCUAUGGAAAUUGUGGGCCAUGUUAA